AUGUCGCCAGUGAUGGACGAGACAGCCGGGGAUCUCCCCGUCAGAGAUGUGGGACUGAUGAGGGGGGGACUGAUGCCAACUGUCCCAGAUACUCUGCGUGAUGUAAAGCCAUGGAAGAAGCAUAAUGUCAUGAAGACAAAAGUAGAUCCUCAGCGCCUGUUUCGGUUUCCCAGAGAGCACCUGGAGGACCUGUGUCUCAGGCUGCAAGAGGAAAACAGUCUGCUGAGACAACACACUCGUACACAGGAGCAGAGGAUACGUAGGAUGUCUGCCAGACUGAUGCGUCUCCGUCAGGCCCGUCCUGGCUCUGGUGCUGUAAAGGAGAGGGAAAUGGAGGACACCAUGCAGGAGCUGGAAGCCCGUGUGGCUAUGCUGGAGAGCCAGAAAGGAGUGCUGCAGAACAAACUGAGCCUGGCUAAGCAGCACAUUAUGGAUAUCGGGGGACGCACGCCAUAUAGGUUCAGUAAAGGUAAAAGUAUGGAAGUGGAGGGCGGAGUCAGGAGGGCGGCCCAAACUGCCCCACCCCGCUACGGCCCAACGUUGGAAGACACCAGGGCAGAGAUGGAGAGAUUCAGGUCCAGUGUGACAGAGCAGGUGAGGGCCACAGAGAUGGAGCUGACAGCCCAGGCACUCAGAGACACACUGAGAGAGAAGGAGAAGGAGAUAGAGGGGACUGUGAGGGAGAUGAGGAAGCAACAGGCUGACAGACACAGAAUAAUUAUUAGAGAGAACGUGGAUCUGAUCCGUCUACAAAAGCAGCUUACAGACAAGAGCACCGCCCUGAGAGUCACCCAGGAGAAGUUCAACAACCUGCAAGAGGCAUAUGAGAAUCAGCUUGAGGAGAGUCAGAGGUCAUUGAGACAAAGCCAGGGAGCUCUGCUGGAGAAAGUGGAGGAGCUGACUGAACAGCUGAAGCAGGAGAAACAGAGAGCACUGGCACUGGAGGGACAGCUUACCUCCUCUUCCCUGUCUCUACAGACCCUGGACAAGCUACAGGAGCAGAUAUCAGACCUGGAAGGAGAGAGGGAUCUCAUAAAAGAAAACUAUAACACUCUACUAGAGAGUACUUUAUCUGUGCAAAGCACCCAUGAUGGUAAGGUGGAACAAUAUAGAGAAGUGAAGCAGAGGAGGGAGGAACAGGGGGAAAACAUCGGCAGGAUGGAAAUCCAGAGACUUGAGGACAUGCUGCAAGCAGAGAGGGCGGAGAGAGGCAGGCUGGAGCUGGAGAAGGAGAAACUGAGACGAGAAAAGGAGCUAUUAGAGGAGAGCAAGGAGCAAGAAAGAGAGUUUUCUGGAAUGAUGAAGGAUAGUCGAGAGCAUCUGGAACAGGAGGUUCUCAGGUACAGAGAGCAGGUUUCUGCUCUGCAGGACAGACUGGACUCUGUCACCAAGGAGUUUGACAUGAGUGUUGAGGAGCUCAGUGAAACUCUCAUACAGAUCAAGGCAUUUAGACUUCAGCAGGAGAGCAGGGCGGGGCUGCAUUUCCUUUGGGCCGAUGGGACGGCGGAGGAUUCACCCCGCGAGUUGGCAAACAUCCAGGUAUCGCAUGCAGAGACUGUGCUGGAAUUACAGAAAACCAGAAACAUUCUUAAGCUGGAGCACCAGAUCAGUAAAGACCUGCAGGAAGAGUUGAACACAGUCAGCCAGAAGAUGGGGAGAGAGAGGGAGGAGAGCAGGAGGAGGAUGGCAGAGAAAGACAAACUUUUAUCAAAAAGAGCUCUUCAGAUCAACGCUUUACAAGCUCAGUUGAAAGAAUUAGCAUACAGCCCCAGGAACUACAAACGGACCAUACCGAUGCAGUACACCUGGCCGGCUGGAGACCAGGAGGUGGUACAGCCUAUAGAGGACGACCUGUCUUUCUCUCAGCUGAGGGCUGGAGAGUCACUGUUGGAGAUCCACCUUAAGGCCGCCACCUUCACCCCAACAGGGCUUCGUACUAUGAGCGGUGUCCCUCAUGAAGACAUUGUGACAUUCUGCACCUACAGCCUCUUGGACUUUGAGGUGCACUCCACUCCUCUGGUGUCAGGCAGCCAACCCAACUACGGCUUCACAUCCCGCUACGCUCUAACAGCCCGAGAUCUGGGCAGGCUGGGAGGUCAGGGGUCAAGGGUCAGAGUGGAGCUCCACCAGGCGUUAGGAGGGGUUAGGUUUGUGACACAUGGAAGUGGGCAGAUGUCUCUCAUGGGUGCCAUGGAAAGAAGAGAUGAGCGCAUUGGUGGAAGUGUGAAAAUCACAGGCUCUGAGGGUGCACUUGUUGGUGUCGUGGAUUUCUGGGUACGCUUGUUUAACCCUGCAGAGCCCAUAGACACUGUGUCAGAGAGAGAAGCUGACUGGAGAACAGCGACACAAAGAAGGCCUGUGCAGAUCACUCUGGGCUGGCAAGAUACUGGUCACGAGGAGUUACAUGACUACGGAGGGGGGAUCCCUAAUGAGUUGGUAGUUAUGCUGGAACGCUGUGUGGGCCUUAAUUCUCGCUGGCCUGGACUUCUUCCUGAUGCCUACCUGACAUACAGGUUCUACGACCUGCCGCCUCACGUCUCUCAAACUGUGCAGUCCACUGCUGACCCAGUGUUCAACGAUACCACCAGCUACCCACUAGCAGUCACAGCUGACGUGUUGCACUACCUGAGGUCCAGCAGUUUGUGGGUAUAUGUGUUUGAUGACAGUGAUGACCAGAUACCGCCACCCUAUCUGGCCAAGACCCCCAUUCCACUGAGAGCCCUGGCUACAGGCAGGGAGAUCAGAGGUGACUAUGUCCUGAGGGAUCCAGCUGGUGGACCUCGGGGCCUGGUCAGGGUCUUGAUAAAAUGGAGGUACCCCUUCCAACCGUCGGUGGAUGCUGCGCUGGGUGGACAGGGAAGACAGGACAGAGAAAUGGAAAGCAGUGAGAGGGAGCAGAGGAGGAGAGAGGAAGCAUCACGGAAGCCCAUUGCUAAGCCCAGAGUGAAGACUCGCCUACUUGAGCCAAGAGAAACCAAAGCUGUGCAGAAAGAGACUAAACCUUUGUCUCGGCCUCCGCCUGUCAAACAGAAAGGCUCACAGAACAAACAACCCAUCCCUGUGAAACCGCUUACCACAGACAGGAAGAGAUCCAGCAAGAGAUCGCCUGACCUUUACCAGGGCACGCCCCAUCUGACCCCAGAGCCAAGACUGACCACGCCCUCUCAUUCGCCAACAAGAAAGUCUUUGCCCACCACACCAUCUAGGAGAAGCUCUGCCAGCUCUGCCAGGACUCAGGACCUUCCCUCUAUGGAUCAGGUGUCAAUGGACGAAGAGGAGGAGGAGGAAGAGGAGAGCAGUGAGAGUGCUGCUGCAGGAGACAGUGAAACCUCAGGGUCUUCAGAAUCAAGCUCACAAAGCGACAUCAUCAUCAUCCCACCAAAACGGAAAAUGAGGAAGGGAGACAAACUGAGGGUCGAGAUUCUGUCCCUGUCGUUUGAACCAUCCUCACGUGUGGCGCGUGACAAGUCGGUGCAGCGUGUUUAUGUGGAAUACCGGCUGCUGGGUGUCCCGAUGGAGACGACAGAAACACCCAUGUCCCUCCGCAAACCCACAAAGGGAGAGGAGAUUCAUUACAACUUCACUCGAGUGAUUUAUGUGGAUGGUUCACAGUCAGCUCCACUCAGACAGUACCUUUACACCAUGCUGGAGGGCACUGACCCCAACCAGGGCAGGUUAAAGUUCACAGUAGUCAGUGAGCCGAUGGACGACGAAAAGGAGUGUGUGGAUGUCGGACAUGCUUUUCUGGACCUACAGGAACUGCUCCUCACUGGAAAUGAUGUCAGUGAGCAACAAAUUGACGUCAUGAGUGUGGAUGAAGACAAGGAGGUGAUAGGAAAUCUGAAAGUGUCUCUGGAAGCAGCAAAAGCUCUGACUGGGAUAUAUCAGGAGUUUCACCAGAAAAAGGAGGCCAAGAAAGAAGAUGAGACAGAUGAAGAAGAUGAGGAGGAGGAGGAAGAGGAGGAGAAGGAGAAGGAAGAAGAGGAGCAAGAGGAGAAGCAGAAAAAAGAUCCGAUACCAGUAAUAGAUAAUGAUGAUGAUGACAGUGACUUCUGAAAGCAAUUAGUAUGAAAUUAACAGAAUGUUUGUGUCUUAUUUUG